AUGGCUUUUGGUGAUUGCCUGUCUGGGAGAUACAAGGGGCCCUGUGCAGUUUGGGACAAUGAAACGUGCCGUAGGGUCUGCAAGGAGGAAGGUAGGGGUCGUGUUAGUGGCCAUUGCAGUUCCAGACUCCAGUGUUGGUGUGAAGGAUGCUGA